AUGGCAGCAGGAAAAUUGAAAAAGGAACAGCAAAAUCAAUCAGCUGAACGAGAAAGCGCUGAUACGGGUAAAGUUAACGAUGAGGAUGAAGAGCAUCUAUACGGAAAUAUUGAUGACUAUAAGCAUUUGAUUCAAGAUGAGGAAUAUGAUGACGAGGAUGUACCUCAUGAUCUACAAUUAAGCGAAGAUGAAUAUAAUUCCGAACGAGACAGUUCUUUGUUGGCAGAAUUCUCGGACUACGGUGAAAUAUCUGAAGACGAUGAGGAAGAUUUCAUGAACGCGAUUAGGGAAGCAAGUAACUUUAAGGUAAAAAAGAAGAAGAAAAAUGACAAAGGUAAAUCUUACGGCCGCCAAAGAAAAGAAAGAGUGCUUGAUCCAGAGGUAGCGCAAUUACUUUCUCAAGCCAAUGAAGCUUUUGUCAGGAAUGAUUUACAAGUGGCCGAAAGAUUAUUUAAUGAGGUAAUUAAAAAAGAUGCACGUAAUUUUGCUGCUUACGAGACCCUAGGAGAUAUAUAUCAAUUGCAAGGAAGGCUUAAUGAUUGUUGUAACUCUUGGUUCCUGGCAGCUCACCUAAAUGCUUCCGAUUGGGAAUUCUGGAAGAUAGUCGCUAUACUGUCCGCCGAUUUAGAUCAUGUUAGGCAGGCCAUCUACUGCUUUUCCAGGGUAAUAAGUUUGAAUCCUAUGGAAUGGGAAUCAAUUUAUCGCCGGUCUAUGUUGUACAAGAAGACAGGACAGUUAGCAAGAGCUUUAGAUGGAUUUCAAAGGCUUUACAUGUACAAUCCUUAUGAUGCAAACAUAUUGAGGGAGUUGGCCAUUCUUUAUGUUGAUUAUGAUCGGAUUGAAGAUUCAAUUGAGCUCUAUAUGAAAGUGUUUAAUGCUAAUGUUGAGAGAAGGGAAGCGAUAUUAGCUGCUUUAGAAAAUGCCUUAGAUUCUUCAGACGAAGAAAGCGCCGCAGAAGGGGAGGAUGCAGACGAAAAGGAACCCCUUGAACAAGAUGAAGAUAGGCAGAUGUUUCCUGACAUCAACUGGAAAAAAAUUGAUGCAAAAUAUAAAUGCAUACCAUUUGACUGGUCUUCUUUGAACAUUCUCGCGGAACUUUUCUUAAAACUCGCAGUUAGUGAGGUCGAUGGUAUAAAGACAAUUAAAAAAUGUGCACGGUGGAUUCAACGCCGCGAAAGCCAGACAUUUUGGGAUCAUGUUCCAGAUGAUUCAGAAUUUGACAAUAGAAGGUUUAAAAACAGUACCUUUGAUUCACUACUUGCCGCAGAAAAGGAAAAAUCGUAUAACAUUCCAAUCGAUAUUAGAGUUAGAUUGGGAUUGUUAAGAUUGAACACAGAUAACCUUGUUGAAGCUCUGAAUCAUUUUCAAUGCCUGUAUGAUGAGACUUUCAGUGACGUUGCGGAUUUAUAUUUUGAGGCUGCAACUGCUUUAACAAGGGCUGAAAAGUAUAAAGAGGCUAUCGAUUUCUUUACGCCGUUGUUAUCCCUUGAGGAAUGGCGUACCACUGACGUCUUCAAACCACUAGCAAGAUGCUACAAGGAAAUCGAAAGUUAUGAAACGGCUAAAGAGUUUUAUGAACUAGCUAUAAAAUCUGAACCAGAUGAUUUAGAUAUUCGUGUAUCUUUGGCAGAAGUUUACUAUCGCUUAAAUGAUCCAGAGACUUUUAAACAUAUGUUAGUUGACGUUGUAGAAAUGAGGAAACACCAGGUUGAUGAAACACUGCACAGGAUUUCUAACGAGAAAAGUUCUAACGAUACUUCGGAUAUUUCUAGUAAACCGCUGCUGGAGGAUAGUAAAUUUAGAACUUUCAGGAAAAAGAAACGUACACCUUAUGAUGCAGAAAGAGAGAGAAUAGAAAGGGAAAGAAGAAUAACGGCAAAAGUCGUUGAUAAAUACGAAAAGAUGAAAAAAUUUGAACUAAAUUCAGGUCUCAAUGAAGCCAAACAGGCAUCUAUAUGGAUCAAUACAGUUUCUGAAUUAGUUGAUAUAUUUUCGAGCGUUAAGAACUUUUUUAUGAAAAGUCGAUCCAGGAAAUUCGUUGGAAUACUAAGGAGAACUAAAAAGUUUAACACCGAGCUUGAUUUCCAAAUUGAAAGGUUAUCUAAGUUAGCUGAAGGAGAUAGUGUGUUUGAAGGGCCGCUAAUGGAGGAAAGAGUAACCUUAACUUCUGCCACAGAAUUGAGAGGAUUGUCGUAUGAGCAGUGGUUUGAGUUAUUUAUGGAACUUUCUUUAGUAAUCGCAAAAUAUCAAAGUGUUGAAGACGGCCUGAGUGUUGUGGAAACAGCCCAGGAAGUAAACGUGUUCUUCCAGGAUCCAGAGAGGGUUAAGAUGAUGAAAUUUGUGAAACUAGCUAUUGUUCUUCAAAUGGAUGAUGAAGAGGAAUUGGCCGAAAAUUUAAGAGGUUUACUAAAUCAAUUUCAAUUUAAUAGAAAAGUUUUGCAGGUAUUUAUGUAUUCCCUAUGUCGAGGACCCUCUUCUCUGAAUAUUUUGAGCUCUACCAUUCAACAAAAAUUUUUCUUAAGACAACUGAAAGCUUUUGACAGUUGUAGAUAUAAUACCGAGGUAAAUGGGCAAGCUUCAAUUACGAACAAAGAGGUGUACAACCCUAAUAAAAAGUCGUCGCCAUAUUUGUACUAUAUCUAUGCUGUUCUUCUCUAUUCCAGUAGGGGCUUUCUUUCAGCCCUACAGUAUUUAACUAGGUUGGAAGAGGAUAUCCCAGAUGACCCGAUGGUCAAUCUUUUAAUGGGUCUGUCACAUAUUCAUCGUGCUAUGCAGAGACUAACAGCACAAAGGCAUUUUCAAAUUUUUCAUGGAUUACGUUAUCUAUAUCGUUAUCAUAAAAUAAGGAAAAGCCUAUAUACGGAUUUGGAAAAGCAAGAGGCAGACUACAACUUAGGGCGUGCUUUCCAUUUAAUCGGUCUGGUAUCGAUUGCAAUUGAGUACUAUAAUAGAGUUCUAGAAAACUACGAUGAUGGAAAGUUGAAAAAACAUGCUGCCUAUAACAGUAUUAUAAUAUAUCAGCAAAGCGGAAAUGUUGAGUUGGCCGACCACCUCAUGGAGAAGUAUUUAAGUAUUUGA